AUGACCGUCCCGACUCACCACAAAGCUGCUCUUUACAGCUCUCCUGGGAACAUCGCCGUCGAGUUAGAGGAUGUCCCGACUCCAACACCAGGGCUGGGGGAGGUGCUGGUCCGACUAAGUCAUACUGGCGUCUGCCAUUCCGACCUGGCUGUGAUGACGAAUUCUUGGGCCUUUCUUCCUUUUCCAAUUCAGCCGGGGCAAAUCGGCGGUCACGAAGGAGUUGGGAAAAUUAUUUCAGUCGGGCCAGGGAUCGAAGUCGGCGGUCCGAAAGUUGGUGACAGAGUCGGAGUUAAGUGGAUUGCGCAAACUUGCGGAGGGUGUGUUCAUUGCAUCUCUGGAGACGAUGUCAGCUGCGAAGGCUUGAAGAUAUCCGGAUAUUAUACACCAGGGACUUUUCAAGAGUAUGUUAUCGCCAAAGCAAACUAUGUCACUCCCGUACCCGAUGGACUUGCGAGUGAGGUGGCCGCCCCUCUUCUUUGUGGUGGAGUGACUGUUUAUUCCGCUCUCAAAAAAACGGGUGCUCGGCCAGGAGACUAUGUCGUGAUUCCGGGCUGCUCGGGUGGUUUGGGUCACUUGGGUCUUCAGCUAGGUUCUCGAGUCUUUGGAUUUAGGAUGAUCGGUAUCGAUUCUGGUGACAAGAGAAGUAUUGCAGAGGAAUGUGGCUGUGAACUGUUCUUUGACAUCAAUCAGUACAAGCGAGACAAGGCUGGGUCCGAUGAGCUCGCUGAAGAUAUCAAGGCUGCAACUUCUGACGGCAAGGGAGCGACUGCGGUUGUGGUUUGUACGGGCAGUAAGGCAGCAUAUGAUCAAGCAGUCAGUCUGCUCAGAGUGAAGGGAACACUUGUAUGCGUAGGAGUUCCCAGCAAUGAUGUGACGCCAAUUGUGGGGGCAGAGCCGGGGACGCUCGUUGCCAAACAGGUCAAGAUUGUGGGCAGCGCUGUAGGCAACCGCCUUGAGGCAAUCGAGACUCUCGAAUACGCUGCUAGAGGCCUGAUCAAAACUAAGGUCACUGUUGAAAGCCUGAAGAGCCUGGGUGAUGUGUUCCAGAAGAUGCAGAAAGGUCAACUCCAUGGUCGGGCUGUCAUCGAUCUCUCAAAAUAG